AUGGACUUUCUAAAUCAAGAGGAGAUUGAGGCUGCAAAGAAGUAUGUGGAGGAGCUAACCCAAUGCAAAUCAUGGAGGGAUGGGUUUUUGGUAGCAGAUGGGACUGCAAUCAAUCUUGCUGAGAAGCCAGGUCUUUUUGAUGAAUUAUUUUAUGGAAAAGACAAGACUUAUGCUAUAAAUCUUCAGGCUGUAGUCAAUGUCAAGACUCUCCAAAUUGUUGACUAUGCUGUUGGACCACCUGGCAGUGUCCAUGAUGCUACUGCUUUCAAAGAGACAUGGCUUUCUGAUUCCCACAAUUCACUUCUUAGCCCUGAUGAGUGGAUAUGGGCUGAUUCUGCCUAUACACUUGCUCAUUGGGUUCUCACUCCAUUUAAGCGCCCUCCUGGUGGUAGUCUUACACCUGAACAGAAAAGAUUCAAUCUUUGGCUCUCUAAGAUUCGUAUUGCUGUAGAGCAUGCAAUAGGUCUUCUCAAGGGGUGUUUGGAAUCUCUCAAAGAGCUUCGUAUCAGGAUUAGCAAUGAAGACAAUUGCAAGUGGGCUAAUAGAUGGAUUCAGAGCUGUAUUGUUGUUCACAAGUAG